AUGGAGGCCCAGUCCCGCAGUUCCACCACCCCUGAGAAGAAGAAAGUGGAGAAUUCCAUAGUGAAAUGCUCCACGCGAACAGAUGUCAGCGAGAAAGCCGUGGCCUCCAGCACCACUUCCAAUGAAGAUGAAAGUCCUGGGCAGACCUAUCACAGAGAGAGAAGAAACGCAGUCACCAUGCAGCCACAGAGUGUCCAGGGGCUCGGCAAGAUCAGCGAGGAGCCUUCGACAUCUAGUGACGAGAGGGCCUCACUGAUCAAGAAGGAGAUCCAUGGGUCCCUGCCCCACCUGGCUGAGCCCUCUGUGCCGUACCGCGGGACUGUGUUUGCCAUGGACCCCAGGAAUGGUUACAUGGAGCCCCACUACCACCCUUCUCAUCUCUUUCCUGCAUUCCACCCUCCUGUGCCGAUUGAUGCGAGACAUCAUGAGGGGCGUUACCAUUAUGACCCGUCUCCGAUUCCUCCACUGCAUGUGCCUUCUGCCUUAUCUAGUAGCCCCACGUAUUCAGACCUGCCCUUCAUCAGGAUCUCCCCUCACCGGAACCCCGCUGCAGCUUCUGAGCCCCCCUUCAGCCCUCCGCACCCCUACAUCAAUCCCUACAUGGACUACAUCCGGUCUCUUCAUAGCCCGUCCCUCUCCAUGAUCUCGGCCGCCCGGGGGCUCAGCCCCACAGACGCCCCCCACGCCGGGGUCAGCCCAGCAGAAUACUAUCACCAGAUGGCUCUGCUAGCUGGCCAGCGCAGCCCCUAUGCAGACAUCAUUCCCUCCGCGGCCACUGCCGGCGCUGGGGCCAUCCACAUGGAAUAUCUUCACGCCAUGGACAGCACCAGAUUCCCCAGCCCCAGGCUGUCAGCCAGGCCGAGCCGAAAACGUACACUGUCCAUAUCACCGCUGUCCGAUCACAGCUUUGACCUUCAGACUAUGAUAAGGACAUCUCCCAACUCCUUGGUCACGAUUCUCAAUAAUUCCCGCAGCAGCUCUUCAGCAAGUGGUUCCUAUGGUCACUUGUCUGCAAGUGCAAUCAGCCCUGCCUUGAGCUUCACCUACCCUUCUGCACCUGUGUCUCUCCAUAUGCAUCAGCAAAUCUUAAGCCGACAACAGAGCUUAGGCUCGGCCUUUGGACACAGCCCUCCACUCAUCCACCCUGCCCCAACUUUUCCAACUCAGAGGCCUAUUCCUGGGAUCCCUACGGUUCUGAACCCCGUCCAGGUCAGCUCUGGCCCUUCCGAGUCCUCACAGAACAAGCCCACGAGUGAGUCCGCGGUGAGUAGCACCGGUGACCUGAUGCACAACAAACGGUCCAAGAUCAAACCCGACGAAGACCUGCCCAGCCCAGGGCCACGGGGUCAGCAGGAACAGCCGGAAGGGACAACCCUAGUGAAGGAGGAAGGGGACAAAGACGAAAGCAAACAGGAGCCUGAAGUCAUCUAUGAAACAAACUGCCACUGGGAAGGUUGCACGCGGGAGUUCGACACCCAGGAGCAGCUGGUGCACCAUAUAAAUAAUGACCAUAUUCAUGGUGAGAAGAAGGAAUUUGUGUGCCGAUGGUUGGAUUGCUCGAGAGAGCAGAAGCCCUUCAAAGCCCAGUACAUGCUGGUGGUGCACAUGAGGAGACACACGGGGGAGAAGCCUCACAAAUGCACUUUUGAAGGUUGCACAAAGGCCUACUCGAGACUAGAAAACUUGAAAACGCACUUGAGAUCCCACACUGGAGAGAAACCGUACGUCUGUGAGCAUGAAGGUUGCAACAAGGCUUUCUCAAAUGCCUCCGAUCGCGCCAAGCACCAAAACAGGACGCAUUCCAAUGAGAAACCGUAUGUGUGCAAAAUCCCAGGCUGCACUAAGCGCUACACAGACCCCAGUUCCCUCCGGAAGCAUGUGAAGACAGUGCAUGGCCCAGAGGCUCAUGUCACCAAGAAGCAGCGUGGGGAUAUACAUCCUCGGCCUCCCCCACCACGAGAUUCCGGCAGCCACUCACAGUCCAGGUCACCUGGCCGGCAGACUCAGGGAGCCCUUGGUGAGCAGAAGGACCUCAGCAACACUACCUCAAAGCGGGAAGAAUGCCUCCAAGUGAAAGCAGUCAAGGCAGAGAAGCCCAUGACAUCUCAGCCAAGCCCUGGUGGUCAGUCUUCAUGCAGCAGCCAACAGUCCCCCAUCAGCAACUAUUCCAACAGUGGGCUCGAGCUUCCUCUGACCGACGGCGGGGGUGUGGGAGACCUCGGGGCCAUCGACGAAACCCCAAUCAUGGACUCGACCAUUUCCACUGCCACCACGGCCCUCGCUUUGCAAGCCAGGAGGAAUCCGGCAGGGACCAAAUGGAUGGAACACGUAAAACUAGAAAGGCUCAAACAAGUGAAUGGAAUACUGCCACGACUGAACCCCAUUCUACCCCCCAAAGCCCCUGCAGUCUCUCCUCUCAUAGGAAACGGCACUCAGCCCAGUACCAGCUGCAGUUUGGGCGGGCCCAUGACUCUGCUCCCGAACAGAAGCGACCUUUCUGGUGUGGACAUCACCAUGUUGAACAUGCUCAACCGGAGGGACAGCAGCACCAGCACCAUCAGCUCCGCCUACCUGAGCAGCCGGCGCUCCUCGGGCAUCUCCCCCUGCUUCUCCAGCCGCAGGUCCAGCGAGGCGUCCCAGGCCGAGGGCCGGCCCCAGAACGUGAGCGUGGCCGACUCGUACGACCCCAUCUCCACGGACGCGUCGCGCAGGUCCAGCGAGGCCAGCCAGUGCGAGGGCCUGCCCAGCCUGCUCAGCCUCACGCCCGCGCAGCAGUACCGGCUGAAAGCCAAGUACGCGGCGGCCACGGGCGGGCCGCCCCCCACGCCGCUGCCCAACAUGGAGAGGAUGAGCCUGAAGACCCGGAUGGCCCUGCUCGGCGACGGCAGGGAGCCCGCGGUAGCCCUGCCCCCCGUCCACCCUCCGCGGAGGUGUAGCGACGGGGGCGCCCACGGGUCGGGCCGCCGCCCUCUACUGCCCCCGGACGUGCUGGGCAACGGCGUGAGGAGGGCCAGCGACCCGGUGAGGACAGUGUCCGAGAGCCUCUCCCUGCCCCGCGUGCAGCGGUUCAGCAGCCUCCACGGCUUCGACCCCCCAGGUUUGCCCCCAUCCCUGGACAAGCGGAACUUAGUGCUUCAGAACUACACUCGGCCCGAGGGCGGCCCACCCCGCCACUUCCUGCCGUCUCCCUGCCCUCCGAGCAUCACUGAGAACAUCACCCUGGAGUCCCUGACCGUGGACGCCGACGUGAACCUGAACGAUGAGGAUUUCUUGCCCGAUGACGUGGUGCAGUAUUUGAAUUCCCAGAACCAAGCGGGAUACGAGCAGCACUUCCAAAGCGCCGUCUCUGACGACGGCAAAGUGCCCCCCGGGCCCGGCUUGGGGAGCGGGCCCGGGGACUUUGAGCCUCCUGGGCUGCCCGACGGCCACGCCGGCCAGCAGUACCGCCGGCUGGAGCAGCCCUGCACCGAAGCCAGCAAAUCCGACCUGCCCAUUCAGUGGAACGAAGUCAGCUCCGGCAGCGCCGACCUGUGCUCCUCCAAGCUGAAAUGCGGCCCGCGGCCCGCGGCGCCGCAGCCGCGAGCCUUCGGCCUCUACGGCAACCCGGGCGCGCACCCACAGGACGCCUUGAGGAGCGGAGCUGGCCCAGCCGGGGCCUACCAGAGCCUCGCAGAGCCCGGCAGCUCCUACGGCGGCCCCGAGCACAGCGGAAACGCCUUCCACGCACAGCCCUACAAGGCCCAGCAGUACGGGAACUGCCUCAACAGGCAGCCGGGGGCGCCCGGCUUGCCUGACGGCGUCUGCGGGGCCGGGAUUCCAGCGGCAAAGCUGAAAAGCACCUCAGCGCAGGGAAGCGGGAGCCAGCCAGAGUUUGGCCUGUCGCCGGGGGUGCCCGGCGAGUCCGCGGGCGCCGCGGUGAGUGGCAUGGCCACCCAAGACCUGGUGGGACAGGGGUACCUGGCCCAUCAGCUCCUCAGCGACAGCGUGCACCACCCAGGGGCCGGCCGCGGCGCUCAGCAGAUGCUAGGGCAGGUUAGUGCUACCUCACACCUCAACGUCUAUCAAGGGCCGGAGAGCGGCCUGCCGGGGCCUCCCUGCAUCGGCAGUCAGCCGGCAGGCUUGGCGGCCGCCAGGGGCUACCAGCCGUGUGCCGGCUACGGGGGUGGCCGGCGCCAGGCUGCGCUGAGGGGCAGCCUCUCUCUGCAGCAGGGACAGCUCAGUGACACAAGUCAGACCUGCAAGGUGAACGGCAUCAAGACGGAGAUGCAAGGGCAGCCCCAUCAGCUGUGUUCUAACGUGCAGGGUUACUCUGGUCAGUUCUAUGACCAACCCGUUGGCUUCGGUCAGCACGACAUGAAGACUGGUUCCUUCUCCAUCUCGGAAGCCAACUGCCUGCUACAGGGGGCCAGCGCCGAAAACUCUGAAUUACUUUCCCCGGGUGCUAACCAGGUGACCAGCACGGUUGACGGCCUUGACGGCCAUGACCUGGAAGGGGUGCAGAUUGAUUUUGACGCCAUCAUAGACGACGGGGACCACGCCAGCCUGAUGUCAGGAGCCCUGAGCCCCAGCAUCAUUCAGAACCUUUCCCUUUCCUCCUCCCGCCUCACGACGCCCCGCGCGUCCCUCCCGCUGCCCGCGCUGUCCGUGAGCACCACCAACAUGGCCAUCGGGGACAUGAGCUCCUUGCUGACCUCCCUCGCGGAAGAAAGCAAAUUCCUUGCGGUUAUGCAAUAG